AUGGCUCCAGCGAAAUUUGGCUUAUUCAAAACUCGAAGUCGAGAUCAUCCUGAACAGCCAUCGACUGAAAAUUUGCUACAGAGCAGCCAAAGUAAUGACAAUGUUAACACACCAGAUUCGCCCGUGCCGUCAACGAGCAAAGGUAUUAUGGGUAAUGACGAUUUCUUCUCAUCGGACAUAUUCUCAUUGUUAAAUCUCGAUGACGAUGAUGACGAGGUAAAAUCAAGAGCAGCAAGCCUCUCUAGUAAAAUUGAAGAACAAAAGAUUGCAUACGAAAAUCUUCAAAAUCAGUCAACUGGUACGUCAACUGUGACGCUAGAAGAUGACGAUCAAGUAUACGACCAACCGGAGUCGACCCUAACGUUUGACGAUGACGCUUCAACGUCAUAUGACGCGAAUUCUCUACAAUUUGACGAGACGUCGAUAACAGCCAGUAACGAUGACUCAUUGUACUGCUCCAUGUUGAAGAAACCUAAGAAGAGUAAGUCCAAAGAUCAACAGUUGACAGAUUUGGACAUGUGGCAAGCGAGCAACAUUGAAGUUAUGGAGAACCUUCUAAAUCGUAGCGGUAGCCUCGACGAACAAAUAAAAUGGGAGGCAAUAGCCACAGCACGGGGUUUGUGUACUCUGACAGACAGUUGCACAUGCCCUGACUGCACGGGGGUUACAUAUUUAGCAGGGGUUACUGAUGGGGAUGGGGGUUUAGGGGUCGCGCCCAUCCUCAGCGCUAUCAACGUUGGGUGCCAAGUUCAGUAAACAAGCGCUGAUUGUAUAAGGGUUUCUGAUUUAAUGAGAUUUCGGAGUAAAGCCUUGUUUAUUGAUAUUUUAUGUUAUUGUGAUUUUUUUGGUUUAAAAGAUAGCCAUUGUCAUUGAUAGAGGAAAUUAAUAAUUUAUCGAAUUUAUUAUAAGUUUAUUUUAUUCAGUUAUUUAAGUAAUGGGUGUUUUCUUAUUCAACGUACAUUUUUCUUUAUUUCAUUGAUAUUAAUGUUCCUAGUAUUAGAAUAUUCAAGGCUUUACUAAUCAAUUCUUCAAUUCAAUGUUUUACUGGCAUUGAGGGUAUUCCACACCUUUUAAUGCAAUUGAUGUUUGGAAACACGAAAAAUCUUCGCCAAGUUACUGAUGUUAAAUCUGUUCGUAUUUGAAAUAUUGUAAAUAAUUAUGUGUUUCAUUAAAUACUUGUAGUGACCCAAGUAAUAUUUAAACAAAAAAUAUAUAUUGUAAGGAAAUACA